CCUACGUCCUCGCUGACAUGAAUGUGCCGUCACUCAGAAAUUGGCACAUGCGCUGGGGUCUGCCCUUCUCAGGGCAGGGCAUUCUCUACCAACGGUUAAUGGAUGGAUUAGAUCAGUCGAGGGAGUUCUCCUUUCUCCAUCGGAAAAGUUCGUCUCGAACUGGAUGUACUGUUCUGCAACAUGUGUGUUGAACGCAGAAGCAGACGCAACCACAGAGGAAGACGAAGGGGAAGGGGAAGGGGAAGAGGAAAACUCGCCUCAAAAUCGUUGUCUCGUGUGGGUUCAACGUCACUCAAUGCGGAGGCCAUCAGCAGAACCGCGAUAACUUUCAAAACCCGAACACGGACAUCCUCCAUACUGCCAUGUCAUCAUCCUGGACACUGGCUUUGAUAUUGGGCUCUAAAUUAGCGUCGGGAACUUUCGAGCUGUACGUUAGCGGAAAGGCUGACAUUGUUGACCGGUGGCGCCCUUCUCGUGCGCAGGCUUCCAAACUUCAAGUUGUCCAUGCACCCCCCAGCGGUGGCCAAAUUUGCGGUAACAUCGGCUCUCAAUUGAAGCUUCCCACUAUCGAUCAUGAUCAUGAGCUAUUAUUACUUGUACAUGAGGAGUGGAAUAUUUUGGCAUAGGUAAUUAAUGGGUUAGCCGUCCCAACUAUUCCUGCAUACUCGCAAAGCGAAGUUGUUGGUGAGAGUAAUCAAGCCUUACACUCCUUGGCGGCCACAGACCCGAGCGUAGAGCGGCCUGGUUUUCCACGACGUUGGGAACACAUAAUAUACUUUUCGAGGAUAGACUGAGACUUCUG